AUGCACAUCAAUAUCAAUCUCACCGAUCCUCCCUCUGAAACAACUCUCCCCGUUUCAGCAACAACAUGCCCCGACUCCUCCCCCCGCACUGGACCCAACCCACCUUACCUCUACUUUGCCUAUGGCUCCAACCUCUCCCCAACGCAAAUGAAGAUCCGAUGCACUGUGAACCCCUCACACUCGGGUAAACCGCUUGCAAUCGCCACUCUCCCAAAAUGGAGAUGGCUAAUCUGUGAAGCGGGGUACGCGAACGUGCUACCACCGAAAGGCCUCCGCGUCGGGACUCAGAAAAGUGAGAUUGCCGAGAAAGUACCCGUCUCUGGAAGUGAAGAUGCUGUGUACGGAGUUCUUUACGCGAUGGAUCCUGCGGAUGAGACUAUACUCGAUGGGUAUGAGGGCGUGGAUCGGGAUGCGGAGGAGGCGGGGGUGGGGAUACCGAGGGAACAAGGGGAGGGUGAUUAUAAUAAAUGGUAUCUUGAUGCUACGAUUGUGGAGUGGCUUGAUGACGGUCUUGAAGGAAAGGGAUCAAGUGGAGAACAAGUCUCUGUGCUUGUUUAUGUUGAUGAAGAGCGGAUUAGACUUGGGCCGCCGAAGGAAGAGUAUAUUGGGCGAAUGAAUCGGGCGAUUCGGGAAUCAGUUGCCCUUGGGGUUUCGGAGAAGUGGGUUGACGAGGUUAUGAGGCGGUUUAUUCCGAAGUAG